AUGCUCAUGGGAGAGAUAGAACCUAGUCGCCAAAAUGGCGAGCCUAUAAAUGUCUUUGACCUACCGCAGCUAUACACCAAGCCGUCCAGCUUAGCUCUACUCUCGGCCCUCAUCUCACUCAAGCCAAAGCCAAUAUCCUGGGAUGAAAGCGAUGCCGACCAUGACCAACCAAGAGAGGACAAAAACGCCAUCGCAUCGUACCUAACCAAGAUCGUAUCAAGCCCCCUCACGUGGCUAACCGACGACGAGCAAGUUGAGGUUUGGGAACAAGCUAGCAUCAGACUGAGCGAGCGAUCCGGCCGUAAUGGAAUGCCCGCCCAAACCCGCACCUUCAGCAUCCCCACCCCCCCCCCACCACCCUCUCCAUCCACGAGCCAACAAUGA